AAAUUCUUAUGGUGUGAUAGGGUUUUACUCUACUGUUCCAUUAUGAAUGUUGAACUGGGAAGUUUUGUUUUGGAUUUAUAAUAUCUAAUGUGUUACUGUGCAUCUUGUCACCAAGAGGUCUUUUCAGGUUCUUUUGAAUCUUGAAGACCGUGAAGCUUCAGUUAGAGAAGUAGUCAACUCAUAGCUCCGGUUUUUAUUUUGCCGUUUCGAAAUUCUGAUUCGAUUUGUUUUUCUGAAAAAUUGUGUUCCCCCUUUUAAAACAUUGUACAAGGUUUAUUUAGCUUUUUCAUGAAGAAUACGGAAUGGCUGUCAGUGCCACAGUUCGGAGACUGGGAACAGCAGGGAAAACUGCCGGAUUACUCGAUGGAUUUCUCAAAAAUAAGGGAGAUGAGAAAGCAAAACAAGAAGGAAAUCUCUAGGUCCAGUCUUGGUAACGAAGAAGAACUCAAAGCGAAUCACAAGAACAAAGACCAACAUCAUUAUCAUCAUCGAAGCACUGAUCAUGUUGAUCUUUACCCCCACAGUCACUCUCCAACUGCGAGGAGGAGUCUUCUCAGUUUCUUCAACUGCUGUAUAAAAGCUUAGAAUCCGUGGAUCCAUUUGACAAUCUUUCGGUGACAAAAAAAAUGGAAAAGAUAAAUAUUUCUUUUCUUUGUUCAUUCUUUUCUCCUCCUUUUCUAUGCCUUGUUUUUUUGUUCAGCUAAAUUAUGUGUUCACCGAAUCCACAGCUAUUUAUUGUUCUCUUUCUUUCUGGAAAUAGAUUUCGAAUGGCAUUACCUUUUCAA